AUGGCCGCCCUCACCGCCGGCUGCCGCCAGUUCCCGCGCAUCAAGGAGGUGCGCGCCUACGUCGUCGAGGGCAAGGAGGGCGACCAGGGCGCGGACUGCCACGACGUCGCCGACGAGCACUGGAUCAACGGCAACGACCCGUCGACGGGGCGCACGCCCAUCGCGAACCCCAUGAGCGGCUACGCCCAGUACGCCGGCGCGCGCAAGAGCUGGGGCAUCAACGCCAUGGGCGGCCUCGUCGUCGAGGUCGAGGCCGACGACGGCACGACGGGCUGCGGCGUGACCAUCGGCGGCGAGGCGGGCUGCAUCAUCGUCGAGAAGCACCUGAGCCGCUUCGUCGAGGGCCGGGACCCGCGCGACGUCGAGUCCAUGUGGGACAUGAUGUGGCGCGCGACGAUCAACUACGGCCGCAAGGGCCUGCCCAUCCAGUGCAUCUCCGCCGUCGACCUCGCGCUCUGGGACCUGCUGGGGAAGCUGCGGAACGAGCCCGUCUACGCGCUCCUCGGCGGCAAGACGAAGGCGCGGCUGCCCGUCUACUGCACGACGGCGCGGCCCGACGUCGCCAAGGACCUCGGAUUCGUCGGCGCGAAGAUCCCCUGCCCCUACGGCCCGUCGGCCGGCGACGCGGGCUUCCGGAAGAACGUCGCGUUCUUCGCGAAGUGGCGCGCCGCGGUCGGCCCGGACUUCCCGCUGAGCCUCGACUGCUACAUGGCGCUGACCGUGCCCUACGCCAUCAAGCUCGGCAACGCGCUCAAGGACCACGGCAUCAAGUGGAUGGAGGAGUUCCUGCCGCCCGACGACUACGAGGGCUACAAGGAGGUGAAGCGCGCGCUCGCGGGCUCCGGCGUGCUCCUGAGCACCGCGGAGCACGAGUACACGCGCUACGGCUUCCGCAAGCUCAUCGAGGACCGGUCCGUCGACAUCCUCCAGCCCGACAUCACCUGGCUCGGCGGCCUCACGGAGGCGCGGCGCGUCGUCGCGAUGGCGUCCGCGUACGACGUCCUCGUCGUGCCCCACGGGUCGAGCGUCUACUCCUACCACCUCCAGUACGCCUUCGCCAACUGCCCCGUCGCCGAGCUCAUCAACCUCUCGCCCAAGGGCGACCACAUGGUGCCCUACUUCGGGGGCCUCUUCCCCGACGAGCCCAUGCCCGAGGGCGGCUACAUCGACCUCCCGGACCGGCCCGGCUUCGGCGUCACGCUCGACCGCGCGGGCCUCCGGCGGCCCCACGCGCGGCCCGCCGCCGUCGUCCGGGCCAACUACGACGCGAACGUCGCCGAGGCCGCGCGCGACGUCGGCCCGCCCCACAUGCCCUUCUGA